GAGAUGCAGAAUGCAUUGGAAAGAUUCUCUAAGCUGCCAGAUCAUCGGCAUGUGGAUUCCUGUAUUGUAGCUUUACUUUCCCAUGGUGUGGAGGGUGGGGUUUAUGGCAGUGAUGGCAAACUACUACAGUUGCAGGAGGCUUUCCAGCUCUUUGAUAAUGCAAACUGUCCAAAUCUCCAGAAUAAGCCCAAAAUGUUCUUUAUUCAGGCUUGCCGGGGAGAUGAGACUGACCGGGGAGUGGAUCAAAGAGAUGGGAAAGAAUGGUCAGAUUCCCCAGGCUGUGAGGAAAGUGAUGCAAACAAGGAAGAAAAUCUCAAGCUGCGUCUGCCUACAUGCUCUGAUAUGAUCUGUGGAUAUGCUUGUCUGAAAGGCACUGCAGCAAUGCGAAACACGAAGCGUGGAUCCUGGUAUAUUGAGGCUCUUACCUCUGUGUUCGCAGAGGACUCUCAAGACACUCAUGUGGCUGACAUGUUGGUGAAG